AUGAAAAUCUCUCAUGACGUCUGGUGUGAAAGCAGUUUCCUGCAGCUGGUUUUCUCUCCAGUGGAGAGAAGGGACGAGCCGGAGACGGUGUGACUGGAGGAGAAGCCUGCAGGAGGGUUGGGGUUCCCAGGUAGAACUCUCCGCCACGCACCACCUCGGCUUGUUUGCAGAGACCGGCGUUGAAGAGAGGAUCUCCUCUGCUUCUCUCUGGGGAAGGAUCCACCGAUGAAGUGUGGUGCAGGGAGGUGCUGGCCUCCGAUGGGUGCUGCCUGCGUUCAGCUCCUGUUGGCUGCCACCCUGUGGGUGACGCCUCACAUGGCUGCCACCCUGUGGGUGAGGCCUCACAUGGCUGCCACCCUGUGGGUGAGGCCUCACAUGGGAGCAGCUGCUGCUGCAGAGCCGCUCAACACGACCCGGGCUUCAGACUUCAGGAUGCCCACCGGAGCGGCUGGCAGACGGAAAAGAGCCCUUUCAUCACGAGAGAUCAACGCUCUUCUGGAUUACCACAACCGAGUCCGCUCCCAGGUCUUCCCCCCCGCCGCUAAUAUGGAGUUCAUGCUCUGGGAUGAGGGACUCGCCGAGUCGGCCGCGUCCUGGGCUUCUCGAUGCGUUUGGGAUCACGGUCCGACACACGUCAUGAGACACAUGGGCCAGAACCUGUCAGUCACUUCAGGAAGGUACCAGUCCAUCACUGAUCUGGUCCAGUCCUGGUACGAGGAGAGGCAUCACUUCUCCUUCCCCAACAGAUGCAGUGGAUCGGUGUGCUCCCACUACACUCAGAUGGUGUGGGCGAGCACCAACCGAGUGGGAUGUGCCGUCAGGAAGUGCUCCCACAUGUCUGUGUUCGGGAGCACCUGGAGGGAGGCGACGCUGCUGGUCUGCAACUACUCUAUAAAGGGAAACUGGGUGGGCGAGGCUCCCUAUAAGAGCGGGAAGCCUUGUUCCGACUGUCCGUCCAGCUACGGCGGCGCCUGCUGGAGAAACCAAUGCUCACAUAACAGAAAACCCAAAAGACUCUCAAGAAAUUAACACAACACUGGGUAUGAAAUGUGUUUUUAAUGUUAGACAGUGAAAAAAGACGAAGUCAUAAUCCAUGUAAAGUCAUUGGCUGCAAAACAAAAUGAAGCAGCUGUCCAGUUACCACUACGUUUGAAUUAAAUCUUAAUGUAUGAAUGGUUCACACAUGUUAUUGUAGUGGUAUAAAUGUUUAGAUUUUUAUGGAUGUUGGUUACUAACAAAAUAAUAUUGAA